GUGUGUGUGUGUGUGUGUGAGAGAGAGAGAGAGAGAGAGAGAGUGUGUGUGUGCUCGCGAUGGAAGACGCGCGCGUACAUGACGGAACAGGAGGAGAGCGAUCGACUGCGCGAGGUUGCGAAAGAAAAUAAACACAAGAAGGAAAAGAAAGACGAAUGAAUAAAUAUUCGCAGGAGAAAAAGAACACGUUCCGAUUUAUUUAAAGCAUGCGGAUAGAAAGAAGCAGGUCACCUUGAGGAAUGGUACUUUAUUAAGCGAGCAAGGAAGAAGAAGAAGAAGGAGAAGAAGAGUGAGGCGGUUCCGCUGGUCCGCGGCGCACCGGCUGCUGAGGCGCUCGCGCUGCACGCAGGCAUGUCGGCAUGGCGUGCACCAGGAGAACCAAAACUUUGGUGUCGACAUGCGUGAUCCUGAGCGGCAUGACCAACAUCGUGUGUCUGCUCUACGUCGGAUGGGUCACUAACUACAUCGCCAGUGUGUAUAUUAAAGUGCCGGUGCCCGUCCCAGCCAGGAAGUUGGAGGGCGACAAGAAGGGCGAAACUCUGCGGAUUAUAGAGCGACUGGACCGGCUGGAAAAUGUCGUGAACCAGCACAUACAAGAAACCCCGCUCAAAUCAGACAGUAAUCAGGAGGACCGAUCGUUCGCAGACUCCUCGCUCUUCAGCCACUGGGGUCAGGAUCUUAACUCGGAGAGUCGCCGAGUCGCCCUCAAGAUGUUUCAGUACUACGGUUAUAAUGGCUACCUCAGUGAGCGCCUGCCCAUGGACCGAGCCAUCCCCGACUACAGACCCGAAGGGUGUAAGAACAUGUCGUACCCCACGAACCUGCCGCAGGUCAGCAUCGUGUUCAUCUUCGUCAACGAGGCACUGUCCGUCAUCCUGCGCUCCAUCCACUCGGCCAUCAACAAAACCCCCGGCCAUCUGCUCAAGGAGAUCGUACUGGUGGACGACAACAGCAGCAGCGAGGAGUUGAAGGAGAAGCUCCAGGACUUUGUAGAAGAGAUGAAUGCUAAACGUCCAGGCUUUAUAAAGAUGGUGCGACACCAGAAGCAGGAGGGUCUGAUCCGGUCCCGUGUGAGCGGCUGGAGGGCUGCGACUGCCCCUGUGGUGGCUCUGUUCGACGCCCAUGUGGAGUUUAACAAUGGCUGGGCUGAACCCAUUCUCCAGCGGAUCAAAGAGGACCGGACACGGAUCAUCUCCCCAUCGUUCGAUAACAUUAAAUACGACACCUUCGAGGUGGAGGAGUAUCCGCUGUCCGCUCAGGGCUUCGACUGGGAGCUGUGGUGUCGCUACCUGAACCCACCCAAAUCCUGGUGGAACCUUAACAACACCACGUCUCCAAUCAGGAGUCCGGCUCUGAUUGGCUGCUUCGUUGUAGACAGGAAGUACUUUGAAGAAAUCGGGCUGCUGGACGAAGGUUUGGAAAUCUACGGUGGCGAGAAUGUGGAGCUGGGCGUCAGAGUGUGGCAGUGUGGUGGCAGUGUGGAGGUUCUUCCCUGUGCCCGUAUCGCCCAUAUCGAGCGCGCCCACAAGCCGUACACUGAGGACCUGAGCGCACACGUCCGCCGUAACGCCCUGAGAGUGGCUGAGGUGUGGAUGGACGAAUUCAAGAGCCACGUCUACAUGGCCUGGAAUAUUCCGCAGGAGGACUCAGGCAUAGACAUUGGUGAUAUCUCAGAGAGGAAAGCUCUGAGGAAAAGGCUGCAGUGUAAGACGUUCAGGUGGUACCUGGUGAACAUCUACCCCGAGAUGAGGAUGUACACGGAUACGGUUGCGUACGGAGUGCUGAGGAACUCUCUGAAGAGUGAGCUGUGUUUGGAUCAGGGCCCAGACACUGACAAUGUCCCCAUCCUGUACCUCUGCCACGGGAUGACGCCUCAGAACGUGUACUACAGCAACACGCAGCAGCUCCACGUGGGCGUUCUCAGCCCCACCAUCGACGACGACGACAACAAGUGCCUGGUGGACGUGAACGGACGGCCGCGGCUGAUCGAGUGCACCUAUGCCGCCGGCAAGCGCAUGAAGCUCCACUGGCUUUUCACUCAGAGAGGCUCCAUACAGAACAGGAAGUCAAAGCGAUGCCUCGAGCUAGUGGAGAGCAACGAGAGCGAGUUCGGUUACGAGCUCGCCGUCCAGAAAUGCAGCGGACAGAAAUGGACUAUCACCAGCGUCCUGCCUGGUGGCACCUUGUAACUGGACGCUGAGAGAGUCGAGGACACUGGAGAGCACCGAGAAGCCUGGAUGUUGACGAGGAGACCGCGAUGCACCUGGAUGUCUCUAAUCGAACUUGACAUCAUAUGAUAAAUGUUAAACAUUUUUAUCUCUAGCUACUGUACAUGUGCAUACGGAUCAGCCACGUCUGGCAGCUUGGCCACUGGAAUAUUGGUAUUUUUAUCAGAUAUUUUCUUAUUAUAAAAUUCAAUACCAAAUAUAAUAUACUGUAAAGCCUAUUUCUAGAUAUUUUCACUUAUUUAAAGUUUGUUUUUUACCUAUUAUUAUUAUUAUUAUUAUUAUUAUUAUUAUUAUUCAAGCUAUUUACCAGUUAUUUAUCAAGAUGCACAAAAAACAUCGUAUUAAAUAUGCGAUCUCGUUCUUAAAAUGUUGGAGAAAUUAAAUAAAAAACAGAUUUGCAUUUGUGACAGCGAAUAAUAAGCAUCGAGAGGUCGUACCACAUGACCUCGUACACACACACACACACAUACAAACACACACAUACACACACACACACACAGAAAUAGAGGAAAAAGGAUAGAAAGGUCAGAGUGAAUUUUUUAAAACAACCUAAACGUUCACAUUGUAGUGAGAAGAGGAACAAAUCGAUUCAUAAUAUUAUCAUUAUCAUGAUGAAUUUAAUUUUAAAAUAAUUUAAAUAAAAUUUUAAAUGAUGUAAUAAAAAUAAAUAAAUAGGUAAAUCAAUAAUUAAAUCAAUAAAUAAUAAUAAUGAUAAUAGUAAUAAUAAUAAUAAUGAUAGUACAAUGCACUGAAAAUUACAUUUUUAUAACUAAAACCAACGACGACUGAAUGUGUAAAACGUAUUUAAAAAAAACGAAUAAUUGAUGCAAAUGAGUCAAUCCGUCACGCUCAAAACUCACAACCAGAGACGUAGCGCUUUACACGUAGAGCACGUUUACCAAAGACAGAUUUUCACCCCUAUCAUCGAGUCCAUCUCGGUGGAGAACAACAGAAACACUGAAUAAUUGAUGCGUAAAAAAUCGAUUAUUAUCGGGGAAAAAAGCGGUGAAUAAAAAAUGAAUUCAGAUUCUCCAAUCGAUGUGUAAAUAAUUUAAUACGCCGUUCCUUUAAAACCUCUUUAAAAACCUCUCAUGUCACCUCCGAACAUACAGAAAGCUUGUUUUACAUAAUCAUUUUGAAUGUAAGUUGGAGUUUUUGGUCUGAAUACAUAGUUCAUGGCGACAAUCAUGACGAAGACGGAGAAGAUAACUCAGAGCUCUACACAUUACAGAUUCCACUUGAAAUCCUGACAGUUAGAGACCUUUUGGCUUUGACCAAUCAGUCCUUCCAGGAUUUUUACAGUUUUUUAGUGUAAAAAUGCUUUAUUUAACGUUCAGAUUAUUUCGUGGUUUUUUUUUCUUUCUUAAAACUCGAGGGACUGCAUAAGCUACACUACUAUAUUGGCAAAAGUAUUGGGAUGUCUGCCUUUACGUGCACAUGAAUGUAAUAUGGAGUUGUCCGGCCCUUUGCAGCUAUAACAGCUUCAACUCUUCUGGGAAGGCUUUCCUCAUGGUUCAGGAGUGUGUUUAUGGGAAUUUUGGACCAUUCCUCUGUUGUUGCUCUGUCUCUGAUGUUGGACGAGAAGGUCUGGCUCGCAGUCUCCGCUCUAAUUCAUCCCAAAGGUGUUCUAUCAGGUUGAGGUCAGGACUCUGUGAAGUUCCUCCACACCAAACUCACUCAUCCAUGUCUUUAUGGACCUUGCUUUGGUCACGGGUGUGCAGUCAUGUUGGAAUAGGAAGCGGUCAUCCCCAAACUGAAAUUUGUCCAAAAUGUCUUGGUAUGAAGCUGAAGCAUCACUUUCACUGGAACUAAGGGGCCGAGCCCAACCCCUGAAAAACAACACCUGAAUUCAAUGAUUUGGAGGGGUGUCCCAAAACUUUCGGCAAUAUAGCGUAGCAAGCGAUUUUCCUUGUAAGUCUGAUAUUUAAAAUAUUCCUUUUUUACCUCAUCGUUUAUCCUAGAUUCUGAACAAAGCUUAUCAUAUCGUGUCGUAUCGUAUCGUAUCGUAUCAUGCUUGAGGUUUAUUAUAUAAGCCUUUGCUACAUUAGCAGUCAUUCCCAUCCCUGCUUUAAUUUUGUUUAAGCUUUCUUUUCUUACACGAUGUAUAUGAAUAUGAUUCAAUAAAUCAGUUGCUUUUUUGCUCAGGAGUUUGUGGUACACACGUCGAUCACAGGGGAAGGUACAUGCUAACUUGCUAACGCUUGUGUACAAGUUGCUUUGACAUAUUCUCUAGAAAUAGGCUUAUUACACUGUAUAUUAUAUUUGUUAUGACAAUAAAGAGAGAAAUAUUGGAUGAAUCUGCCUGUGUUACAGAUAUGACUGGCACUUUGCAGUGGAGUUUCCACACCAUUCUUCUUCUUCUGUUCAAGGUUUCAUUUGGAUUUGUGUCGACUCGACGAAGGACUCGAUACAGCGAGUCGUUUUCCUUUCUUUCUUUCUUUCUUUCUUUCUUUCUUUCUUUCUUUCUUUCUUUCUUUCUUUCUUUCUUUCUUUCUUUCUUUCUUUUCUCUUUUUUAAAUGCGCUCACUCUGUAUUUGCUACCGUGUAGCAGGCUUUGGCAACAUUUUCUUGCUGUAUUUCUUUCCUUCUAGUGUCUCAGGUUCGUAGGUCGAGCUUAUUUUGGAAUCGAGCUGUACAUUUUCUGGGGACAUGCCAAUACGUCGGCGUAUGUCUGGAUACAAAUCGACUAUUUUAUAUCUUCAUGUAAAUCUGCGUAUUUAUAAUAUAUGGCAUUAAAAAAGAACAGAUGGUGAAGAAAAAAAACGCAUUUGUUUGUUUGUUUGCUUGUUUACUGAUGUGGUUCGAGCGGGAUGUUAAGCUCUUGCUGUAAUUAAAGCACUGGAGACAGAAACCGACAGCUGAGUGAGUAACACGUCAGCGCUGGGGCUCGUGCCGGCGUGUAACGUGCUGCUUUCUCCGACUGUUCUGUUAUCCGGCAAGUUGAACACUAAUCACGGGCAUAUUAACGUGCACACGGUUUGUGUUUCAGGACACACACGUAUUAUAUAUCGCUGAUGAGAACGAAUCAGCAAGGUGAAGAAAGAAACCUCUUUCAUAGAUGUUGUAGGGAAUGACAUUUUCUGUCAAUGUUUCCUUCAUAUGUUCUUCAUAUUUCCCGACCCUAUUACACCCUCUCUGACAUUUAGGAAGGAAAAUAAAGCUGGGAGGAAUGCAGAACAGAUCAUCAGGGAGUAGGGAGUGAAGUGAACAGAGAGAGAGAGAGAGAGAGAUCACAGAAAGAGACCAAGUGACAUGGAAGAGAUCAUGUGACAGCCAGCUCUUAUCCCCAUGAAUCCGUUUCAUCAUUUGUUUUCUAUCUAUCUAUCUAUCUAUCUAUCUAUCUAUCUAUCUAUCUAUCUAUCUAUCUAUCUAUCUAUCUAUCUAUCUAUCUAUCUAUCUAUCU